GGCUACUGGACACCAUUAGCUCCAGAGGGAUCGAACACAGGUACCUAACCUUGAUCGUCCGUUCCCGGAGCCGCGCUGACGUCCCCCUCGCAGAGCCAGAAGUACAGAAGCAGCAGAAGCAAGAAGACAUCGAAAUCGGCGGCAGAAGACUCCUGUCUUCACUUAAGGACUGGCACUUUGUAGCUGCUUGAUGUUGUACAAAAUCCUUGCUUUGCCACUACAAGUAAAACAGGAUGGAUCAAAUGUCUCCAGAAGCCCAUGGUUGGUCUAUUCUUCAGAAACUGAAUGAACAGAAAUCGAUGGGUCUUUUUUGUGAUGUCUCCUUGAUGGUAGAAGGUAAAAUAUUCCUUGCCCACAAAAAUGUCCUAUCAGCUUGCAGUGAAUACUUCUAUGCAGCCCUGAGCCGAAAUGAGCAACAGCAAUUCUUGGUUCUCGACAAUGUUAGCUUGGAGGGCUUUAGUCAUCUUCUGGAUUUUAUAUACACUUACAAAAUCCCCACUUGUCACGUACAGGACUUUAUGCAGGCUGCUCAACUGUUACAAGUUAGCCUCCCACUUACUGUUCAAGUAGUCAGUGUGUCCAGCAGCCCACCAAGCAGUACUCCAAAGGAAGAACUCUGCAUCCCCGAUGAUGACUAUCAUGUUCCUGACCAAGAUCCAGGACUGCAGGAAGUUGAGAGUCGGUCUUUAAGAAGAAACCGAGAUGAUAACCUUUCGAAUAUCAACAACAACCUCUAUAGUGAGGAUAGAAGAAAGUUUGAGACUGUGUCCCAGCUAAAAGACAAAGCCAAGAUGCACAAAAGACCGUCAUUUUACAAAGACACAUUUGUCGUCCGGAACCCUGGAUUUUUUAUGAGUAAACAAGUUGCUAAAAACGGAAGGCUGGGUAGAGAGAGCCCUAUUGAUGAGACUAGAGAGACUUCCUUUCUUAGCAAUGGAUUUUCAAGGCAGUUGCCUAUUACAAUUCACAAUGAUGGUUCUUCAGAGGAAGCAGAUGAUGAAGCUGCAGAUAUCUGCAUUAAUUUAUGCGAUGAACCAGACACCCCUGAUAGUUUGGAACCAAUUGCACUUAAUGACUUGAGAUUACAUGGAGAUUCAAUUAAACCUAAGAUUUAUUCUACAAUAGUUGGAUUGCAGGGUGGUGGUGUGGUGGAGAGAGUGGAUGGGGAUGAAAACCUUGCAGACGUUGUACAUAAAUGUGACAAGUGUGAACUUCUCUUGACAUAUUCUGAGUUUCUCAAUCACCAAGAUGAUCCAGGUGUAAACAUCCUCCAGUGUAGCUUUUGUGAUAAACAGUUCAACUACAGUUGUCAGUUGUCUUUGCACCAAUCAAGCCACCAUGACAAGAAGUUUUACCAGUGUGACCAGUGUGGUAAAGAACUGAGUACUCUGAAGAAGUUACACGAUCAUGCCGCUUACCACUCAGAUGCCCGGCCUCAUAAAUGUCACCUGUGUGACAAGGCAUAUAAAGUGAAAAAUGAUCUCACCCAACACGUUCGAGUGAAACACAUAGAAGCCACAACUGGGAAACCUCCAUUGCUUCAACUCUGUGAAUUUUGUGGCCAAGCUGUGAAACAUUAUAAAAGCCACAAAAUAUUCUGCAGUGGAGUAAAGAAAUUUAAGUGUGACUUUUGUGUACAGUCAUUCCACCGGAUCUCAGAACUAAAGCGGCACACGUGGACGCACACUGGGGAACUUCCAUAUCGCUGCAAAAUUUGUGGGAAGGGCUGCAGGCAUCCAAGUAACAUGAAGAAGCACAUUCGGACAGUGCAUAAAGCAGACAUGCGGGUGCAGAUCAAUAGAGAACAUGCUUCCCCCAGGUUCUGCAAAAACAGGAGGCCUGCUGCAAAAUUUUCAGCACAGAUGUUACCGCAGACUUUACCUGCUAACCGCUCUUUGCCGGUGUCUGGCUCUGCUGCAGAACAUGUUCACCAAACAGACUCCUCUGUGUCUCCUGUAUCUCUUUCCUAUAUCUCCAUCUUUACAGGUGAUGAACACACAGCCACUGACUUUAUACCAUAUGACUCUCACAAUGCAUCCCCUGAGGCUAGCAGGUCACUGUAACAGAGGACUCAUUUUUAAUGAUGUCAUUUAUAUUUGGAACAGGUUUGUGUAAAGGAAAUUGGUGAUGAUCGCAUAAUAAGAAUAUUUUUCCAUUUGUGUGCUGUGAAAAUGUAGGAUUUUGAACAGUGGAUAAAGAAAGAGACGUGAAUUAAUAGGUACAUCUAUAUGAAAGUAAUAGAUUAGGGUCUGAAGGUUGCCUGGUUUAGGUGGAAGACUAUCAAAGACUGUCUGAGAUGAACAUUAUACUAACCAACUUAUUGUUGCUUAUGCUGUACACAAACAUUUUUGUGGCAAGUUGAUUAAUCCAGUCCUGCUGUGUACCCAGUCAGUAAUUUCUGUGAAUGUGUGGACCCUUGUAUUGUAGGUGAUAUUUGCUAAGUAUUUUAUCAUUUUGUAAAAAGUAUGCCUGUCCAGGGCAGCAAAUGUUAAGACAACAUGAUUGAUGUCUAAAAAUAACCAAAGUGUGAUUUUUGAAUCAAAUUUGAUUAAAAACAUAAUGCAUUG